UGUUUCAAGCUCUUCUAGCCAUGGCGUGAGUCCUCCCCCCCUUUUCUUUCCUUUUCCCUCUUUUCGAAAGCACAGCUGGGAAAAUUAAAAUAUUUCAAAAAGAAACGAAACACUAUACAUUGUGUUGAGAAGGUCAAAUCCCGAAGAAAUUGAGCCUCCUUAAGCAUCGGAUAUGUCGGAUAUUAGGAAAUGGUUUAUGAAAGCGCAUGAUAAAGGCAAAGGCAAUGCCUCAAAGCCGGCAAACCCGGCGCCAACCAAUACAGAUUCUGUACUUGGAGGCCAAGAAACUUCUGGCAGAAGGAAAACUAGCAAGUAUUUUCCUGCAGGAAAACAACAGCCAAAAGGUGAACAAGGAACGGAGGAACUUCCAGCCAAGAGAAAAGUUCAAAAUGAAAAUGAAAGUGUUGAAAAGCCCCCACCUUCGAAGAAACCAAGCAAAGUUGAUAUUGAUGAUGACUUUGUUUUCCCCAAAUCAAAGAAUACUGUUGAUGUCACUCCCAGUAAGAAACGGAAGAGUGGUUCAGGAAGGGGUGUUGCACAAAAAGCUGAAGAUAAUGAUGAAAGUGAUGAAGAUGAUGCUAAGGACUUGGAGUCUCCUGUAAAGUCUGGUGGCAGGGGGGGGCGUGGUGGCAGGGGUGCAUCAGUGGCACCAGCUAGUGGAAGGGGCAGAGGCCGUGGACGAGGUGGAUUUAUGAAUUUUGGAGAAAGGAAAGAUCCUCCUCAUAAAGGAGAGAAGGAAGUCCCUGAAGGUGCUUCUGAUUGCUUAGCUGGUCUAACUUUUGUAAUUAGUGGAACGCUUGACAGUUUAGAAAGAGAGGAAGCAGAGGACUUGAUCAAACGCCAUGGUGGUCGUAUUACUGCAGCCGUCAGCAAAAAAACGAAUUAUCUUUUAUGCGAUGAAGAUAUUGAGGGUCGAAAGUCCUCUAAAGCCAAAGAGCUUGGCAUUCCUUUUCUUACUGAGGAUGGAUUGUUUGACAUGAUCCGUGCUUCAAAUCGUGGAAAAGCUCAUUCAAAAGAAGAGUCAAAAAAAUCUGCAGAAAGCUUUGCUGCGUCUCUACCUAAGAAGAGCCCCCAGAAAAUGGAAGUGAAGAGCAACUCUUCAUCAGCAAAGAUAUCUGGUAAAAGUUCGACUACAAGUGUCUCAUCCACGAAGCAGAGAGGGCAACCAAUCCAGCAGUCGUCUCUGACAUGGACUGAAAAAUAUAGGCCAAAAGUUCCAAAUGAAAUAACUGGGAAUCAAUCAUUGGUUAACCAACUUCACAAUUGGUUGGCACAUUGGAAUGAGCAAUUUCUUGGAAAUGGAAGUAAGGGAAAGGGCAAAAAGCAAAAUGAUCCUGGUGCCAAAAAGGCUGUCCUAUUGAGUGGAACACCUGGCAUUGGGAAAACUACAUCAGCAAAGUUGGUUAGUCAGAUGCUAGGUUUCCAGACCAUUGAGGUAAAUGCUAGUGAUAGUCGUGGGAAGGCUGAUGCCAAAAUUUCUAAAGGAAUUGGUGGAAGCAAUGCAAAUUCAAUAAAGGAACUUGUUAGCAAUGAAGCCUUGAGUGUUAACAUGGAUCGUUCAAAACAUGUAAAGACUGUCCUGAUCAUGGAUGAGGUGGAUGGCAUGUCUGCUGGUGAUAGAGGUGGAAUAGCUGAUCUUAUUGCCAGCAUAAAAAUUUCCAAAAUCCCAAUCAUUUGCAUCUGUAAUGACCGAUACAGUCAGAAAUUGAAGAGUCUUGUGAACUAUUGCUUGCUACUCAGUUUCCGUAAACCCACAAAACAACAGUUACUCAGAUCUAUGUACUUACUAUCAUGUGGCUUCCAUUAUCCAAUUUUUUGUACCUGCUAUUGUCUUGGUUUUUAUCUUAUGCAGCUUUUUGGCAUUUAUGGGGGAAAGUUGAGAAUGGACGAGCGAAUUGACCUGAGCAUGAGUGAUCCUGAUCUAGUUCCACUUCUUAUUCAGGAAAAUUAUAUCAAUUAUAGGCCGAGUUCAAUUGGUAAAGAUGACAGUGGGAUGAAACGUAUGAACUUAAUUGCCCGUGCUGCUGAGUCUAUUGGUGAUGGUGAUAUAAUCAAUGUGCAGAUUCGAAGAUAUCGACAGUGGCAGCUCUCGCAAGCUGGUUCCCUUUCUUCGUGUAUCAUUCCUGCUGCAUUGUUACAUGGACAAAGGGAGACACUUGAACAGGGAGAACGGAAUUUUAAUAGAUUCGGCGGGUGGCUAGGGAAGAAUUCAACUAUGAGUAAAAAUUAUAGGCUUUUGGAGGAUUUGCAUGUUCAUGUUCUUGCUUCUCGUGAAUCUAGUUCAGGAAGAGAGACUCUUCGACUUGAUUACCUUACAGUUCUUCUGACACAAUUGACUAAUCCGCUUCGAGACAAGCCUAAGGAUAAAGCUGUUAAGCAGGUUGUUGAGUUUAUGAAUGCUUACUCAAUAAGCCAGGAGGAUUUUGAUACGGUUGUUGAGUUAUCUAAAUUCCAGGGGCAUUCAAAUCCGCUGGAAGGCAUUCCACCAGCUGUCAAAGCAGCUCUGACAAAAGCAUACAAUGAAGGAAGCAGGACACAAAUGGUACGAGCUGCAGAUUUAGUAACUCUUCCUGGAAUGAAAAAGGCCCCUAAGAAGCGAAUUGCUGCAAUACUAGAACCAUCAGGUGAUGUAUUAGGGGAGGAGAAUGGUGACACAUUGCCUGAAAGUGAAGAGAACUCUUCAGACACAGAGGACUUGGAAGGCACUACCGAUGGUGAGAAGCUGCAGGCAGAACUUCUGAGUCUGAACUCCAAAGGAAUUGAAGUACAAAUGGAGUUGAAAGGGACAGGGAAUUCAAGUGCUAAGAAGGCACCAGCUGGUAGAGGAGGAGGUGGUAAGCGUGCUUCAGGAUCUGCUGAAAAGAAAGGUGGGCGUGGCUCAGGGGCAAGAGCAAAGAGAAAAAGAUGAGAAGCGAGUAUAGGGUGGACAUUCUACAAUUUUGGCGUUGUUUAUAUAACCAAUGUAAGUAGCAUGUCACUCUACCACUGUAGAACUCUUUUAGGAUAGUGAGUGAGGAUUGUAGGUGGAUUCCUUGGUGCAAGUAGUGUAGAGGAUAUCAUUCCCAUGGGAAUGGUGAGUUGCCCUUUAAACCUUUCUUUUGGAUGAAACCAAGUCCUAUUGGAUGCCAAUUAUUCUGGGGUCAUUUGCCUUCUCUUUGUCAA